UUCCAAGCCUAAAAGAUAAUUUUGAGACUAGCAGAAACAAGAUACACUUCCAUCCGAGUAUCUACACCUGCAUAUUGAACAUAUUUCAAUAGGAUACUAUUUGAAAUGCCAGAAGUUGAGAAAAAGCCACUUGUGAUGAUAGCUGCGAGAGAAAGAGGACCUGGGCCCGGGCGUUACAGAUUGCCCUCAACUGUGGGAUGUGAAGCCCACGAUUGCACUAGACAGAUGCAGCCUGCCUAUUCCUUUGGGAGAUUGGAAGGACGAGUCCAUUUCAAGGACUGGAGUCCUGGCCCUGCCUACUACAUCGAUCCUAGGAUCACCCGUACUGGGAUGGACGGUACCCCCGUGUACUCUUUGCUGGCCAGACAAAAGGACCCCAAUACCUUCAAAACCCCUUCUCCUGGACUUUAUUCUCCGGAAAAGGUUCAUCCUCCUGGUGAGAGACACGCCCCUCAGUACUCCAUCAGCGCCAGAACUAGACUGAGGCGCAUCGACCAGAACCCUGCUCCCAAUAAGUACACUCUACCGCCGAUACUCGGUAACAAGCAGCCCAAUAAAGCAGCGGCUCCAGCCUACGACAUAACUAGCCGCAGAGAGAUCGGCAGUUACCUGGAGGACCUGUGUAAAACUCCGGGUCCGGGGAAACACAACGCCACCCACCCCAACAUCAACAAGACCAUGGCACCUCUGUACUCCAUCAGAAGCAGGAGCUAUGCCCCUGGGGACAACACCCAAAAGCCUGGUCCUGGAGCACACAGUCCAGAGAAAGUUGUCAUUGCCCGCCCCCAGGCUCCCAAGCAUUCACUGGGGAUUCGCCAUUCCGAGUUUAUUUGUCCACUCAUUGCUGAAGGCUAGCUUUCCCCCUUACGACUGCAAUGUUGAACUGUGUAUAUGUAUAAAUAAUAGAACUUUUUUGAAAUUUUUUAAUUAAAGUUUUAUUGUAAUGACAGUGAAAGUGUCAAUUUAAAAUUAAGAUUUUUUGUGUAAAUUUUGGCGUUCUGUAGAACGGAAUAAACAGCGCAAAAAGAC